AAGCACUAUCUUCUCCAACGAGAUCCGCUCUGGUGUGGACUUCUCCUGUACAACUUCCGCAUGGUCGCCUAUGAAUGCAGCACCAUCCUAGCCAGCAGGGGUGUGUCGAUACUCCCAGUCGCACAUCUCUACAAACGCCUGCGACAAAGCCAACACCUGCCCACGCAAUGGCCCGACAUGGACCAUGUCAUCAGCGCGCAGGGCGCGAACCACCUCUUCGUGGGAGGGCUGCCGUCCUCAUCUGAUGGUUGCGCAAAGCGCCUAGCCCUCGCUCUGGGCAUG